UAAGGCGCUCUGCCAGGCCGGUGGCUCGUCCGCUCCAGGUGUUCCCGCCAUAUCUGCCGGCCCGUCCCCCGUUAAUUAUUUGAUUAAACUCUGAAACACUUGAAUAUAAAUAUAACAGUAGUUCCAAUUACUUGUACAUGAUAAACUUGCGCAAUAAGUGAGAGUUGUGAAGUGCCUUGAUUGUAAACAAACAAGAAAUGCAGACAAUCACGCUGUUCCGAUUGUUAGUGGUGUGACAAGUGGAAUUAUCUUAUUGUUUUGACGAACUGUUUACCAAGUCAUCGCUGCUUGUGAAAAGUUAAACACGUGGCGAAUAUUUUGUGAAGAUCUGCACAUGAUGGUGGUGGUGUGAGGGCGCCGUGUUGUGUUGGCGGGAAGUGUGGGACCCUCGGUGCUAGUGUCCGGACACCGCAGUGUGGCGGGGGUAAUGUCUGCCACACACCAGCCCCCCGCACCACACCAGCCUCAGACCAUGUCCAGUGAGGGGUCUGAGGCGUGGGCGUGUGGGCGUCCCGUGUUCUAUAACGUGUGUAUCUCUCUCAGCAACUUGUCUGGACCCAUUAUUCACGAACACCCAGAGUCCGUCGCUGCCGCCGCCGCCGCUGGCACCACCAUUGUCGCCAGGCACUCCAAACCUCAGACCCGCACCACGCCCACGCCCGUUAUGGUGCAGCCCACGGCCACCGUUUGUGGGGUGGGAGGGGGUGAGGGAAGCGGGGCAGUGAUGGGUAGAACAGUACACAAGACGGUGAUCACAGUAGGAGGCAGUGAGAGUGACAAAAGUCAGCAAGAGAGAGAGAGAGGUGGGUACAGUGCCGUGGUGAGUGUGGGGUGGUGUGGAGGAGCAGUGACGAGCACCACCACCCACACUGUAGACCACUCCAGCAAGGGAGGCUCACCACACCCACCCGAGGAGGAAGUAAGCGAGCCAGAGGUGUUCCUCGUGAGGAAGGUGAGCCACACUAGUGACUACAGCCUCAGCUCCCACUCCGACUCCUCCGUCACCUCCACCUCGCCCACGCCAACACUCGCCCCUCACCACGACUCCGACUAUUUCGGCUCCUCCUCCUCCUCCUCCUCCUCCUCCGAGGAUGAAAGAGCGAGUGAGGAUGACCGUAGUGAGGACGAGGACGUACAGGCGACGCUGAGGGCGGCCAUGGCCAGGCUGCGGGUGGAGGAGCAGCGUCUGGGCGUGGGCGUGCGGCGACCGGGCGCCUGGAGGAGGCGAGCACCCAUCAAGGAAUAUGACUUGGAGCAGAGGAUCGCCUUGGAGAUCAAGAUGCGCGAGGGCACCACCAAGCUGCUAGCUGCUUGUGGUGCUCAGGGGCCUCGAGCCAAUCUACCCCACACUCUGGAGGCUGCAAAGAACCUCCUGACUUCCAAUGAGCGCAUGACCGCCUAUAUGGCUGAGCUCCAGCGCAGAAGGAACUCUUCCCUCCCUCAUGAUCGUUCCCAGCCAUCUGUUGCAAGAGUGUGCCUGUCAGACCUGCGCAUGCCUCUCAUUUGGAAGGACAGUGAUCACUUCAAGAACAAAGGGGACUACCGUCGAUUUGCGGUGUUUGUUCUUCUAAAGAUUGGCACAGAGAUAUACGACACAGUCAUGGUGAACCCAGUCGAUCGUUCCAUGACUGACAUCUGCUUUGAUGAUAUAAUUGUUUUCAACAAUAUUCCAUCAAAUUUUGAGUGCAAUCUGGAGAUAUACAGCCAUGUUCUGCAGAAUGACCUCACAAUGGCCAGCACUCCUCGUAAAUUAAAGAGAACGUUGCAUUCAUCAAUAUCACGAACUGUAGGACGUAAACUGGCAGCUUCACUCAGGGAUGAGCUAUCAAAUGGAGAUAUGGGUCCAAAAUUUGAGCUCGUGGCUACUGCCAAACUAAGUUUGGAUAAUGUUUCCAACAACACGGCAACAUUUGAUCUUGUCAUGGAAAAUAUUGAGAAUCAAGUUAAUCAGUUACCACUAUUUGGUCAUUUCUGCUGUCGCCUGGCUGCUCAGCCAGACUGUGCGGUUCAAGAAAGAAUUGCUGGUUAUGCUCAUGUUGCGGAGAGUGAGCAGCAGCAGCAGUCGUGGUGUCGGGUUUAUGGAUGGCAGCUGGAAGUGUGGGGCACCAAAGAAGACAUACAUCUCUCUCCUCAUCACCCUCUGUCACUUGUUGUUGACCGGAGUACAGAAGUAACUCAGAACGGAGCAAGUGUGACAGUUGCCAACACCUCUGGAUUUGACCGAGGUCGUCUAACACUUACCUUUGAGACUUCAAGUGAAGCUGGGGCAUGGUAUAGGUGUUUAAAGCAGCAUGCUGUAGAUCACCGAAACUGGGGUCUUGCUGCUGAAGAAGAAAUGGAGAUCCUUACACCACAGCCAACACGACACAACUUCAUACUGCCAAGAAGAGGACGAUUUGCUUCACUUUACGAAGAGACUCCACUGAGAGAUGGGUCACCAGCUUCAACAAAGUCUUCAUUUGAUGACCUAUAUGGAUCCUCUGCUUUUGUCAACAACUAUUGCACUCCUGCCCAGCUUGCCCCUAGACCACGAGCUCUCACUCUCUCCUCACGCUCUUCAUUUAGAAGAUGGGGCUCGGUCAAGUGUAAUAUGCCAUUUUUCAAGAGCAAGAGUUAAAAUUUUGUUUUUGAUGCUAGCAACAGUAUCUAGGCAGAUUUUUUUUUUUUUGUAUAUAUUUUCCAUUUAUUUAGAUUGGAAUUACUUUAUUUCCAGUUAUUAAUAUUUCUUUACUUUUUUAUGUAUUACCAUGUUUUCUUGUCUUAUAGUUCUGUUGGUCUAUUUAGACUUUUUUUUUUUUUUUUUUAACCCAACCUGCACACAUGUCAGGGAAGUGACAUGACGAGGGUCCAGGAUGGACAAAGUCAUCACUUUCAUUUCUUUUCAUGUGCAUGGGCUGGGUUGUUUAUUUUCAGCCUCGUUAUUGUCACUCGCUCACAUUAUUUAACAUCUUAAAUAAUUUACUGGAUAAAAGUUUUCAUUCUUUAGUAACAUCUAAAAGAAUAAGUAAAGACAGGUUCUAAAUAGUACUUGAAGAUAUACUUGGUUAAGUUUGGAGUGGGUGCUUGAAGCAGUCUUCCAGUAUGGUAUUGUGUAGGUGUUUCGGCAGUUGGUAUUUGUGUUGUUCACAUCCCACUAAUUUAUACGUAAACAAUGCAGUACAUGUAUACGCAAAGAAAUCGGUAGAGCGUGAUACGCCUGAGAAAAUAUCGAGACCAUAUGACGUGUCUGGAGAAUCCAGGAAUGCUGGUUUGAUUCUGUUGUAUGACCUCGAUAUUUUCUUGUCCUUAUUUUCAGUGUUGGUUCAUUUCCCAAAUAUUCCAUUUGCAUAUUUAUAUAUUACCUACAGCUCUUAAAUAAGAAAGAUUUCAUGUAAUGUAAUGCACUUCCCUUUUUAAUAUUUAGCAAUAUAUGCUAAAAUGUUAUAAUUUUGGAGAUGUCACUGUUUAAUGUGAAAGAUAAUUUUAUUAAUUGUAACUUUACUCCUUUGACUUGGGGGACAUGUUGAAUGACACGAGCUGAACAAGGAAAUAUAAGGAUAUCACUUAUUAUUAAGGAUAUCAUUAUAAGGUCAUUAAGGAUAUCACACUUCCAAGGCAAGUGUACAGGUCAUAAGAAAUCACUUCAAAGAUAACCAUCAAAGAAGGAAUCACACGCUACAUGAAGUCAGCGAGCACAGUUAGUUAUAAACUAGUGUGUUUUUGUGGUGGUGGUAUUACUUUUCAGUAUACAAUACCCAAAUAUCCCUUCUCAAAAGUUAGUUGAAAUGGAGAGUGUAUCAUUUUGGUCUUCUUUACCCAUGAAUACUUUAGAUUGUUGCUAGCUGCAGAGGUUCAUAAUUCAUCAUUAAUGUACAUUUGUGUUAAGUAAACUUGCAAGUUUAACACAGUGUAGUCUGAGCUGUGUUUGAUUUCAUCAUCACUAAUAACAGGUCUCAAUACAGUGCAUCAGAUAGGUGAAAUUUAUUGUUCUGUGCACGUAAACUUAAUGAGCCAAUCCAGGACUUGGAAUGAUAGGUAACCUUACGUGUCUAGUUUUUUACGCAAAGGCUUAUGGUAAUGUCAGUCAGUUAUACACUAUAACCAGUCAGGUUUAAGCCGAGUGUAAAGUGCUACAUUCGUCAACAAAACAAAUGCUCUCCUUUUGAUGUGUUAAGGCAAAAAAUUAUUGAAAGAUGAAACUUGGCUUUGUACCUGUGUUUGUACACUUGUGCUCAUUUCAUGUACAAAAUGUAGUGGGUUAUGUUGCUACUUCAGUUUUUUUUUUAUUUUAACCCGAGUUGCUGCUAAACAUCACUACAUCAAAAUGUUAGGUUCACUUUACAUUUUCUUCAAGGGUAAUUCAACCAGUUAUUACUGAAUGUGAUUAUUGUAUAUUUUAUAAUAUAUAAAGGGCUGUCACAGUAACCAUGUCCUUGGGGCUGUCACGGUACUGUAACAGUGUCCCAAAUAAGGCAUGAACAUGUCAGAAAUUAUAUUAUAAUUUGCUGUUUAUAUAUGUCAUUGUGCACCACCUUGAAAAUUUUUAAUAUGGUAAAUUUGUAUUAAACUUGUGAAUUUAGUCUUGUCUUUGUUAUACUGUAUAUCCAGGAUCUUAUUACACAAGACUUUAAUCAAGUGUUCUCUAACAAGACUGUUCGCUUUUUUAUUUUUCAAUUAGUUACAGCCUUGAUUAGUAAAUAACUUGAAACCCUUUACUAUCACGUUCAUUGAUGGAUUGGCAAUGCAUUGUUGCAGUAGUCAGUCACUAAAUUUGUAUAGCAAUUUAUAUUACUGUUAUUUUUGUUGACAUUAAUUUUAGGAACUCAUUAGUUUAUUGCAUGUGCAGCUCAUUUAUGAUUUGUUGAGUUUUGAGGCUAUAUAAUGGGAUCAAACCACUAUUCAAACUGCUGAAUUAAAUAAAACUGCUUGGAAGACCCUUGGCCUCGCGCUCUCCAGCUGGUCCCGCACGGGCUCGCGCUCUCCCACUGGCCUCGGCCUGGGCUCGCGCUCUCCCGCUGUCCUCGGCCCAGGUUCUACUGCUGGCCUCGCCUGGGCUGUAUACGACCACCACACCCUCUUGAUCCAUCCGUUAACUCCCACCCCUUGAUCCAUCAGUCAACCCCCCCCACCCCUUGAUCCAUCAGCCAACCCCUCACCCCUUCAUCAGUCAAACCCCCCCCCCCCCCUUGAUCCAUCAGUCAACCCCCACCCCUUGAUCCAUCAGCCAACCCACAGUGGGAGGGCUCGCGAUCUCCCGCUGGUCUCGCCCGGGCCCGCGAUCUCCCGCUGGCCUCGCCCGGGCCCGCGAUCUCCCGCUGGCCUCGCCCGGGCUCGCGAUCUCCCGCUGGCCUCGCCCGGGCUCGCGAUCUCCCGCUGGUCUCGCCCAGGAUCGCGUUCUCCUGCCGGCCUCGCCCGGGCCCGCGAUCUCCCGCCGACCUCGCCCCGGAUCGCACUCUCCCGUCGGCCUCGUGCUCUUGCUCCCGCUGGCCUCCUUAGUUUAACCUCCCUCAACAUUGGGGAGUCAGUAGUGUGCGUGCCUGGGGAGUCUAAGGAUGUGGGUUUAAUCCUUUUUAAUCCUGUUGUAAAAUCUAUAAUCCUAAUUAAUCCUAUUGUAUGGCCUCAAUAUUUUCUCUUGGAGAAAAUCUCCCCAGGCACGUGGAGACAUCACAUAGUGUGAUAACAUUGUGCAGCAUGUUCUACGUUGGUAAUUAAUCCAGUGUGUUACCAUGGGAUGUUCAAUUGUUUCAAUUAGUUUAUUGCUGAAAUUAGUCAACAAGAACAAAUAUUUACACAUGAAAUUGAUUCCCUAGUUAUAUGUUCUCCAAUUACAUAUUAAUGAUUAUAGUGAUUGUGAUUUUUUAAUGUAUUAUUUCCGUCCCUGUCCCCAUCCCGUCCCGUCCCUCCUCAUUACGUUCUCUAAACUUCUCUUCCCCUCCCGCCCUACUUCAUUCCUCCCCUCUCCUCUUCAUUACAUCCCUCCCUAUCCUUUUAAUGUAUAUUAAAGGGAUAGGACUUCACUUUAACUUCACUUCAUCUCAUCCUCAUCCACUCAUCAUCCUCCAUGAGAUGAUGCUUGUUUCACAAGAUGAAACAAGUAUAUCCAUAAUUCUAAUAUUUUAAAACAACGCACAAUUGCACAAAACCACAAACUAUAUGAUUUUAGAUUUAAGUAAAUAUUUCUUUUUGCCUUUGGGUUUUGCCUGAUGAAAUGUUAUUGACUCAGAUUUGCAGGGCACCAUAAAAAUGUUUUAAUUACACAAAUACUUGAAACAUUGUUGUUUGAGAUACAGGUGUCAUAAGAUCUUUGGAAGCAGUGUGAUGAGAGAGAACUCUCGUCCUGAUCACACAUUUUACCCACUUGACCACCGAGCUCAAACAAUGCGUGCAUCAUGUGACCCAUGAGGACAUAAGUUUGAUUCGACUGCAUUGCUUUCAAAGAUGUUCUCGGAUAUCACACUACUGUAAUUUCAUUGUGCAUAGUGAUCAUGCCACCACAAGUAUACUUCAAAAAAAUUUAAGUUUAUAUUGUACUUUACAUGUGGGUUCUCUCCAAAUCAACAAGUGGAAUAAAGAGGAUUAUAGUGUUGACUUGAUACAAUUAUUCUUAAAAAGAAGUUUGUUAAUGAUUGAAUUGUUGUAUUAUAAAUGGCAGCUCCUGCAUUAUUAACAGGUCAGGGUUAUCAGCAGAUGGGAUUGCAAAUACAUACUUUUAACAUUAAAAGUUUUGUUAGAGCUUGGGCAAAACUCUCUACACUGUGUUACUGCUAAAUUCUUGAAAACAAGAUAGAGAAUUGUGAAUAAUUCAGAUUUUUUUAAACUUUCAUGAAGACAAUAAUGUAUUAAACGUUUUGUAUAUUAUUUAAUAUUGUUGUCCAAGAUGGUGAAACGUGUACAUGACACUUGGGAUGCAUGUAAGACAAUAUUCACACACUUGUCUACAGUCACCAACCAUGGAAGCUACUUUAUUCUGUGGGUUACAACCCUCAAGUAUAAGACCUUCAGCUGUUUUUGUGGAAUACAAUACAAUACAGUACAUUCCUUCUAUGUACAUUGCUAUGCUCAUAUUUGCCAUGUAAAUAGCAUUUUUUUUUAUUAAAGCAUCAGUGUAUCUUUUAUUGAUAUUGACAUAAGUAUAUUCCAGUUAGACAAAGCAUUCACUGAAUACUUGACUGUUUAAUGUAGAUAUAAAGAAAUUGUUCUACCACAUUAUUUUAUCUUGUUUGAUCUUUAAGUUGUUAAAGUUUAUGAAUACAAAUUGCACGAAUGUACAUAGGAUGAAAGUUGCCAGCACUUGGACUGUAGUGUUGUGACCUGCCAUAAGUUAUUGUAGGUUGGUUUUGCAUUGGGUUUGUAAUUUUCCGCUUCUGGGAAUUUGCAGAGUUUGUAAUAAAAUUUAUAUUGUAA